CUCUCUCCUCCUUAAAAUUCUGCCAACUUCUCUCCCUACUUCAAAAUUUUCCUCAAAACUUCUUCGCUCUCACUGCACAUCACAAACAAAUCAGAGAACCCAUUUCCCCAAAACCCCAAGUUUUUAGUUUCUCAGAGAUCAGAUUCUUGCCCAAAAUGAUGACUCCUAAGAGAAAUCCACAUCCCAAGAGAACCCAGUCCUCUAAAAUCUCUGAGAACUUCAACCCAAAUCUCCUCAGUUGCACUCCUAACAGAAAACCCAUCAAAUCUCCUUCCCUCAAUUCACCGAAAAAAUCGAAGAAAUCGGCCCUGAAAACCCCCACCCUGAUGAAAACCCCACAGAGCAAGAAGAGCUCAGCGAAGAGGCCAAAGAAAGAUCCAAACCUGGAGAAAGCUACUGCACCAGUUCACGAUCCAGUCGAAGAUUUAGAGUUAGAGGGAAGUUCAAAGCUGAGGAAGAUGAAGAGUUUGAUGCUUGAGGAAGCGAUGAGCAGCAUUCCUGAGCCUGGGGCAGGCAGAGUUAUGCAUUUGGUGAAGGCUUUUGAGAGGCUUCUUUCGUUAUCGAAAGAUCGAGAAGGGGAAAAUGUUGAAGAGAAGAAGAGAAGAGUGAUGAACUGGGCACUGCCAGGAUUGCAUCAGCAGCAAGCGCCGAGGGCUGAGGAGACUGAGAUUUCGUGUUCUUGGCUGCUUUCUUCUUCAUUGGAUUUUGAUAGGGAAGCUGUCGAGAGCUCUUCUGUUGAUAGUACUGGUGAUAGGUUGAGUUGGGGGAGUAGUUCAUCGGAUUGCAACAAAAGAAGUCGAAGCAAGGUAUAAAAAUUUUAG